AUGAUAAAAGAAAAUGAUAGAUAUGGUGAAGAUAGUAGAUACUCACUUUAAAAUUAAACAGAUUCAACAGAAUAUGAAAAAAUCAUAAUAGAGUUAUAAAAUUAAAUUGAAACAUUGAAUGAUAAAUUAUUAGAAAAUAGUUUUGCAAAUUUGGAGCUAAAAUAAGCAAUUAAAAAACUUGAAAUUUUAGAACAAGAAAAAGAAGUGAAGAUUAAAUAAUUAAAUGCAAAAAUGUAAAAUAUUUGUGCUAUAUAGAGAAUUAAUUAAUAAAGCACAAAAAGAUAAAAGAAAUAGACAUCUUAAAGAAAUUUAUAGUCUUAAAAAGUCAACAUAUCAAAUUCUAUAAAAAUAUGUUGGACAUCAAAUUUAUGAUGAAAAGGAUGAAAAUUUUUAUGAUUAUGAAUCCAAUGUUGAGAAUAUUAUUGAAGAGAUUAUUAUAUCUUCAAAAUGUUAAAUUAAUUAAAUCAGAAAAUCGAUUGAAUAAAUUUUAUAACAACAAAAAAUUUCAAUAUAAAUUGGUGAUUAUCAAUCUUUAGAAUAAUACUUAAAGGAUGUUAUUAUUUAAAUUAAAAAUAAAUUUGAGAAUGCUUCAGAGUAAAAAUUUAUUGUAAUCUAAUAAUAGUAAAUCUAGCAUUAAUUAGACAACUAUAUAUGAAGAAUUGAAACGCCUAAGAUUAGCAUUAAAUUUUUUUAUUGAAGAUUCUGUUGUGAUGAUAAAAAAUUAAUUAAAUUAAAAGCGUUCAUUUUGUAAAGUACAAAAAUCAAUAAGUAUAUUUUAUAGAAUAUUGAGGAUAAUAAAAAUUAUUUAACAGAAAUUUAAACAUUGCUAAAUAAUAUCACAAAAAACUAGGAUUAGUUUGAGAUAAAUCUGUAAUAGUUAUCUCAAGUUUUUAAAAAAGUUAUCUAAUUUGUUGUUUGAAUGAUGAUUUUUUUUAUAUUAUAAUUAUGAAUGAAAGAGACAUCCUUAUUGAUGUAAAUUUUAUUUUUUUUUAAGGAAAACCAUCCAUCUCGCAAACACUUAAUUCAUAAAAUUGCCAAGAAUACUGAAUAUACAAUAAAGAAAGCAAUGAUUACAGCAAAUGCAGUAGUUGAUGGUGGUGUUAAGAAUCCUUCUCUUCCUGAUGAAAUUCUUAUAAUACAAGAAAAUCAAAUGAAGUUUUUAAUUAUGCUUGCAACACUAUAAUUUUUUACUUUAUUGGUUAUAGGAAUAUUUUUGGUCAUAGAAUUAUUUACAAUAUAUGAAGAAAUAUCAAUUAUCAUUUUAUUAGUAUUGUUAGUGAUUUAUGUAAUAACUUUGGUUGUUGGAUAAUUUGAGUAAGAUAUUACUUAAAAUUAUCCUAAAAAUAUCAUAUUGUUUGUAUGAAAUAAUUGUUAAUUAUUAUAGAUCAUCAAUUCGUUAUCUAGAAUAUUUUGGAUAGCUUAUUUAGUAGUUUUAAUAGAUUUCAUAAGAUAUGAAUUGAUUUAAUUAUUGAUAUUCGUUAAUUUACUUUUAAUGAUAAUCUUUUUUCAUCUUGAUAGGAAAUCUAAUACUAAAAACUGCUUUUUAAUAAAAAAUUAAUUAUUAAGGUAUUUUUAUAUAAUAAUUUUAGGAUAUUUAUAGUUCUUAUUCUCUAAUUUGGAGGAGUAUACUCAGUAUUAUUAUUUGAAGAUUAUGAAACUGCAUUGCUAUGGUAAUUUCUAAAAUAAUUAGGUUUGUGAUUAUAAUAGUAAUAUAUUUUUGGAUGCUUUUAGAAAUAUAAUUAAUUGAAUUUCGAAAAUAAUUAUAUAAAAAUGAUAAUAUUUGGUAUUUUGCAGCAAUAUUAUUUGAUGGAGAUCUCAUUUUCCCUUGUUUCUUUGUAAAUAAACAUUUGUUGAAUGAGGAUUAUGAUAGUAUUUUAAUAUGA